AUGGAAUCUGAAUUUAUUGCAUUGGCUGCUGCUAGCAAGGAAGCAGAAUGGUUAAAGAACUUGAUUUAUGUGAUUCCAUUAUGGAUGAAACCAAUUUCGCCAUUAUCUAUCCGACGUGAUAGUCUUUCUAAUCAUAGAUGGUACAUGAAUAAAAGAAUCACCUAUAUGAUCGUGAAGUAUAGCCGUACUUCAAAGAGCUUGGGACUUGGCUUUUAUACGAUCAAGAAUGGAUUGGGACACGACUUAAAAAUCAGAAAUCAUAGGGAUCAUAUUUAUAAUAAAGCACAGCUGGUGGAAGCAUCUGAUAAUCCUGAAACACAAGCUGAAUAUGAAAAAGAAAUAUCUCCAGACUGGUGGGGUAACAAAUUUGGAUUUGUGUCUGGAGGAUUACUUGGAGCACAAUCCAAGAGAAAGAAGUCUAACAGCACAUCGAAAAUCACUCAAAAUAGUAACAAAAGGACUGCAUUUUAUGAAGAGGAUCAAGAGAAUCUUUACAAACUUGUACAAGAUAAAGCAACUUCUGGAAAACAGGGACUUGGUAUAAAGGAUCGCCCAAGGAAAAUAGCAGGGGUUUGCUUUCAAGGGACAAAAACCUCUUUUAGCGACAGUGAGAGGGAGGAGUCUGAGUUGGAAGAUGAUCAUUCUUUAAAAAAACAAAAAAUUGAUGAUGUGUCGGAAUCAAAAGUGAAGCUAAAGAAACUUUGUAGAAAGCUUCUUAGCCAGGUACCUGAGAAAUCAUUGAAGCUUAAAAAACUCAAAGCUCUAAUCGAUGAAAACUCUUCAAUUUUUUCCAAUUUCUCUUCAAAGAAGGAUUCUCUUGAAUUUUUGAGACAGAAGCUUGAACGAAGUGAAAAGUUUAUUAUGGAAGGGAAGAGAGUUAGUCUCUCAUCAAAAUGAGAACAAAUCUUUUUGGAGAAUUUCAAAGUGUAGAGUUUUCUAAGGCUUGUAAUCCUAUCGAGUUACACAAUUGGAUUUGUUAGCAGGUAAUUAAUAUUAUUAUUCUUAAGAGAAUAUAGAUUUGAAAAUUUUGAACACAUCCAUUUAGGGAAUUUUAAUGUGUCUUAUUUUAUUAUUAACAGUUGUACCCUUUGUCAUACUUGACUUAAAUUAUGGAAAUAGAAACUUUCGGGAAAUAGAAACU